CGUUUAAGUUGCACUUAGAGGAAGGUGCUCAACGUUUCACUUUAUUCACUCUUAACUAGCUAAAUAGGGUUGAAUAAUUCAACCUUGUAGUCAACUGGUUUUGCAGUCCAUUUUCGCUUAGUUACGGUCUCGGGUUUGAAAGACAAUGUCAGAAAAAUUUAGGUAUAAUAUAAUGUAUUAUAUAUGUAAUAAUAUCACCGUCUUUUUUAAAGGGGUGCCUUGAUGUGGAAUUUUAUAACCCGUAAGAAGAAUGAGAUGUAAUGAUGUAAGGCUUACAUCAUCACGUAAAUUUAAGUCACUAAAUGGGCGCGCGCGCACAUCCAAUCGCUUCUCGAAUCUCCUUGAAGCCUUUUAACGUUACUCAUAAAAAGCCUGUGCAGUGCAGCUGACUUUCUCUUCCUGAAGUAGCGUUUCACGAGAGACGAUUAUUGGCCUCAUUCCUCCCUCUUUGAAUGUCCUCUUUUCUUCGGAUAUUUAGUUUAUUUUAUGCGAUCGCUAAGUGCCAUAAUGGAGCAGAUCAAAAGAGCGCAGUGCCGCAAACGUCACAAUCGCUCCCCAGCAGCCGCAACAGCGGAGUCAGCGUCACACAGUGACUAAAGGUUGAACACAACUUGGAAGACCGCAAUUAUUCAUGGUAGUAAUUCACAGAUCCGAUUCUUCCACCCUACUGUGUAUUCAAUUCGCUUGUUAGGACGCACACUCUUCAGUUGCAUUGCAAGCUCUUUGCGAAAAUGGGCGACGACCGACCGUUUGUGUGCCACGCUCCCGGCUGUGGACAGAGAUUUACCAAUGAGGACCACUUGGCUGUCCACAAACACAAGCAUGAGAUGACACUAAAGUUUGCACCCAGGACGGACUCUGUCAUCAUCGCAGAUCAGACGCCCACUCCCACUCGCUUCCUAAAGAACUGUGAGGAAGUCGGUUUGUUCAAUGAUCUGGCCAACUCCUUCGAACAAGAUGACAAUGACAACAAGCGAACGAAGAACUCCACCCCUGCUCCCUCUUCAGUGGCAUUGGACAUGAGCCUACAGACGCCAUCGGAUGUAAAGGUGAAGGAGGAGACACCAGUUGAGGUUGACUCCUCGCCACCAGACAGUCCAGACUCCAUCUCUCCAACACCAGAGAUCCGAACAGAGCCCUCGGACAAGGUGAAGGUAAGACACAAGCUGUGCGAUUGCAAACAAAGAGUGCAUGCAAAUGACAUUACGAUGAUCUUGUUUCAGGACAUGCCACCCAGGAGCUCAGCCCCGACACCUACCAUUGUGCGUCCAGGUGCCCUUCCGUUGCACUUGGGCUUUGAUGCCCUUCAGCCCACCAUGCCAUCGCCCACCUCCGUUAUCACACAGGCACCGCCUUCGAAUCGCACUUUGGGUUCACCAACAAGCCACUACCCCAUGAUGAUGCUCCCCUCCGGCCAGGCUGUGCCUGUCCUCCCAGGGCCUGUUCAGAUGCCAUCUGUCAUCAAUCUGGCCCGACCCAUGUGCAUGGUACCAAACAUUCCCGGGAUCCCUGGGCCUCCUCUGGGAAGCAGCAGCAGCGGUUCAAACUCUCCUUCUGGCUACAGUAUCCACUCCGAAGCCAAGAUGCGUCUGAAGGCAGCGCUGUCCCAACAGAGCCCAUCAGGACACAGCAUUGGCAUGAUGGCCAUGGGCAACAGUCCUACGGUACCUCAGAGAGCGGAACAGAGCCAGCUUCUCGUGCAGCAGCCAGAUGCUCCAUCACCUGCACAGCCCCAGGUAUCACCAGCACAGCCCACAGGUGGGCGUCGGCGACGGACGGCAGACGACGACCCAGAUGAGCGAAGGCAGCGCUUCCUGGAGAGGAAUCGGGCGGCGGCAUCGCGCUGCAGGCAGAAACGUAAACUGUGGGUCAACUCUUUGGAAAAAAAGGCAGAGGAGCUCAGCAGCAUGAACAUCUCACUGUCGAACGAGGUGUCUCUGUUGCGAAACGAAGUGGCACAUUUGAAGCAGCUGCUGCUAGCACACAAGGACUGUCCUGUCACUACCCUGCAGAAGAAAUCCACCUACCUGGUAGCUGUGGACGAGAACAUGAAAGAUACCUCGGAGCCGACGGGUUCCCCCGCGCCAGUGAUCCAGCACAGCUCGUUGGCGCCCAGCCCCUCGGCCAGCCACAACGGCCUGAGCUCGAGGGCGGCGGCCGAAGCCAUGGCCAUGUCUGUGCUGGCCGGUUUGGGUCAGCAGCAAAGUGUCGAGAGCGGAGCAUCUCACAUCAUCAUGGCCGCACAUUCGCAGUCCGCCGCCAGAUGAUGAGCACUGUCGCCACGCAGACUCCCCUCACGUUGUCACUCGAGGAAGAAGAGCGGCCUCUUGCCGGCCUCUUCAAGCCCCUCUUCUGUCGAGCCAUCACGCUGUGGCCUGGAGCUCAGUAGCAGCCUUCUGGAAAUGGACUGAGACUUUUGAGAGAGCUUCCUGUUCACUUUGCCAUAGAUGACAGGGGCUGGACUCCCCCUUUUUGCUCUUUGAUGUGUCUUCACCUCCCCGCUCAAUGGUGGACAUGUACCACUCAUACCUAAAAUU